AUGUCGAAUUUUGUGCCUGGAAACUACGAUUUGCGGACAGCAUUGAUUUUCUGUUACCAUUUGAAGAAAACUGCUGCAGAAUCGCAUCGAAUGCUUGUCGAAGUUUACGGUGAGCAUGCUCUUGGAAAGAAAGGAUUCGGUCCUGGAGAACAAGAAUGGGGCUUUGUUCAAGUACGUCCCUAUGCAAAUAUGUUCUGGUGGCUUUAUUAUACUACGGCAGAUGUUAAAUCAUAUUACGACGAACCGCUAAUCAUCUGGUUACAAGGUGGACCAGGCGGAUCUUCAACCGCAUAUGGAAAUUUCGAAGAAAUAGGACCUCUUGAUACUGAUUUAAAUCCAAGGAAUUACACUUGGAUCAAAGAUUACAAUGUUCUCUUCAUCGAUAAUCCUGUUGGUACUGGCUUUAGUAACGCUGAAAACAUAUCCGCAUUCGCAACGACAAACGCUCAAAUCGCGAGCGAUCUUUUAGAAUGCAUUCGAGGAUUCUACAAGCAAUUACCGAAAUUUAAGCCUGUUCCAACAUAUAUCACCACUGAAUCAUAUGGUGGAAAAAUGGGCGCGGAAUUUGCGCUUGUCUGGGAUCGAGUAAGAAACACAAACAUGCUAACUAAAAAAAAAAUAAAUAAAAGAAUUAUAGUUCCAAAGAUUUUAAAGAAAUAUUGAUUAUUUUGAAGUCUUGAAAAGGGAAAUAGUAUAACUUAAAAAAGAAAUUUUUAUCAACU